AUGAAUUUUGGAACUAGUCAUAGCAGUAGUAGUAAAAAUUCCCACAAUAAUAAUGUUGUGGGAUUACAUUAUAAAAUAGGUAAAAAAAUUGGUGAAGGAUCAUUUGGAGUUAUAUUUGAAGGAGUAAAUAUUCUUAAUAAUGCUCAAGUUGCGAUUAAAUUUGAACCUCGGAAAUGUGAAGCUCCACAAUUACGUGAUGAAUAUCGAGCAUAUAAACAAUUACAAGGGAGUAAAGGUAUUCCUAAUGCUUAUUAUUUUGGUCAAGAAGGAGUACAUAAUAUAUUAGUGAUUGAUUUAUUAGGACCUUCAUUAGAGGAUUUAUUUGAUUGGUGUGGUAGACGAUUCAGUAUUAAAACGGUAAUUCAAGUAGCUAUACAAAUGAUACGGUUAGUAGAACAAGUUCAUCAACAGAAUUUAAUUUAUCGAGAUAUUAAACCCGACAAUUUUUUAAUUGGAAAACCUGAUACUCCAGAGGCUAAUCAAAUUUUUUUUGUUGAUUUUGGUAUGGCAAAACAAUAUCGAGACCCAAGAACUAAACAACAUAUUCCUUAUCGAGAGAAAAAGGCAUUAAGUGGUACGGCACGUUAUAUGAGUAUCAAUACUCAUUUAGGUCGAGAACAAUCUCGGCGCGAUGAUUUAGAAAGUUUAGGUCAUGUUUUCAUGUAUUUUCUUCGAGGAGCAUUACCAUGGCAAGGUUUAAAAGCCCCCACCAAUAAACAAAAAUAUGAAAAAAUUGGGAUGAAAAAGCAAACUACAUCAAUUAAUGAAUUAUGUUAUGGAUUUCCAAUACAAUUUGCUCAAUAUUUGACUUAUGUACGUAAUUUAAAAUUUGAUGAAACUCCCGAUUAUCAAUAUUUAGUGGGUUUAAUGGAAAAAGCUCUGAUUUCCGCUGGGAUUGAACUUGAUGGUCAUUUUGAUUGGAUGGAUUUGAAUGGUGGUAAAGGUUGGGAUGCUGCAUUAAAUAAAAAAGCUAAUUUACAUGGUUAUGGGAAUCCUUAUCCUCAUCCUUCUCAGGGACAAAGACGGSMAGCAGCAACAACAGCAGGAACAAUUCAAACAACCACUAUCAUCACCAAAAUCUCAACAAUACAAUUCACCCCAUCAACCAUUACUUGGGAAUUCUCGUUCAAGAGAUAA